ACAUCAGCGAUCAGUUCGCCGGGGAGCGAGAAGGAAGGAACAAGAUUUGAGAAAGCGAGAAAGACGUCCGUGUAGAAAAUUAAGCAGAAGACAGGGGCAGCCAUUUUUCCUGACAUUACCGUUCGUGCCGCUCGUGGUGCGCGAUUUAACCCGAAUUGAAAGGUGGCAAAGAAAGAAAGGAAACGGUGGUAGUCGGACGGAAUCGGUCGGUGUUGUUUUGUGCGCAUCGAGAUAAAGUCGCGGCGCGAGAGAUAAGCGAUAAGGGGAAUAUAUCAGACGUCAAUGGUACGGCGUGGUUUGAAGUGACGAGAGUACGUGUGUAAACGAUCUCGCAGAUAGUAGUGGGGCUCGAUCGUAGUUGGCCGAGUGGACAGCCGAAAAGGAGGAGCUGCUGCCGACAACUGGGAAGGGUGUUGCAGGAGUCGACAGCGACGGCGACGGUGACAAGCACGAGCACGUUCACGACGGCGGCGGCCACGAUACGACGGCGGCAACGAUCGCGAAAACGGAGUUACGGCAGCCCAGCCUAGGCGGCCCUGUUUUGUGGUUUCUUGUUUAGAAACCCUGUUCGUUAAGCGAGAUCGUUAAGUAUUCCACGGUGCACACAGUCACGCGCCACCGCGUACAUCAGCGCCACGAGAUGGACAAGCGAGGAGCUGCUUUUGUGCUGCUGAGGAUGCUAUAUUUAGCGAGCACCCUCGUCACGGUCCAGGCAGUAACGUACAAAGGAGCGAAGGAUGUGCGCGAGGGUCAACCUUGGUCGAUCGAGUGUAGCGGGCUGAAGCCGGAUGACCUGAUCAGAUGGACCAGGAAUGGGCAAUCGCUCGAGCCGGAGCUGGCCAGUGGUAAGCUGAUGGUUCAUUCGCCGACCGGCACCGGGACCAGCACCCUCGAGGCGAAGCACGCCACGGAUAUCCACGACGGAGACUACAAAUGUACCCAGGACAGCAGCGAGUCCUUCCAUCUCUUGAUAGAAUUCGAUUUGAAGAUACGAGUACUUACUUCCAAUGAUGUUCCGAUGGUAUUAGAGUGUAUGAACAAGAGCAGUGGAGAGAAGGUGCAAUGGACGAAGGAGAACAAGCCUUUGCAAGUAGCUCUCGCUGAGCACGAGGAUAUGUACAAGCUAGACAACGAAACCGGUAUUCUGGAAAUUCUAAAGAGCACCGAAAUCUUUAUCGGAAAUUACACUUGCAAAGGAACGAACUCCACCACGGAGUACAGAGUCGUACCGAAACCUACGGCAUACAUGCCCAGCUCGACGAACGUGGUGGAAGGAGAGAAGCUGCAUUUAACGUGCGCCGGUAAACAGAGUCCCGGUAUCAAAGUAACAUGGACGUUCGGGAACCAGAAUUACACCACCAGCAGCGGCCGCGUUAAACUCGGGUGGGACCAUGAGAGAGGCAUAUACGGUGCUAUUCUAACAGUGGACAAUAUCGAGAUGAGCGAUCGUGGCGAGGUUUCCUGCUUGGUAUCCUACAAUCGGUCCGAUACCUCUGAGAAUCACAUAGCAGACGCAACCACAACACUCAGGGUCAAAGACAAGCUCGCAGCACUCUGGCCUUUCUUAGGCAUUUGCGCGGAGGUCGUUGUUCUGUGUACCAUCAUUCUAGUCUACGAGAAGAAACGAAACAAGGCUGAACUCGAGGAAUCUGACACUGAUCAGAGCCCUGACACCAAACCAACACCCAACAAGGACUCCGACGUAAGGCAAAGAAAGUGAAAUGGCGAGACGUAAGCGGCGGAUGUACGUGUACGAGAGCGACUCAAACUAGCGGGACGGAUUUGAUGGGGGAACUAUCGUGUGGCAUCUGCCGGAGUGACAAUAUAGAUAGCUGUUACAAAGUAAAAAAAAGGAAAUAAAAGAGUUAGAGGCGGGAUUAAAAAAUAAACGAACAGUUCCGAGAAACCGAAAGCAAAGGGAAAGACGUCGUUUGAAUCGGAGGCAUAUGCGAGCGGGUGAGGGAAACGUUACAGAAGUGGACAGGGUGAAGUCGUAGGAAGUGAGAGACAGCCCCGGGGAUCCGUUCGAGUGAACACCUGGUGCGGGAGACAGCCGUUGUUGUGCGCUGGAUGUAAGAAAGAGAGGGAGAGAAUGCUGAUAGAACGCGCGUGCAGAAUUACAAUUUACUAACAAAACUUUAAAUUAAGCCUUACUAUCGUGUUCACUCCAUUUAUCAGAUGUUCGCCUGUCCGUACUCUCUUACUACACUGCUUUGAUCGACGGUUGAUAUGAAACAUAAAACGAAAACAAAAAAAGGAAGAUGGGAAAAAUUAAUAUGGUGUUGAUUUUACGCGUCGUAUGUGUCUGUAGAGAGCGAUGAGAGUGCGCGAGUACGUCUAGGCUAGAGAGAUGCAAAUGAAGAGUAAGGGGGAGGGGGGAAAGAAUGAAGAAUGGAAUGGGCGAGAGAGAAGAAUUUCAAUACGAGUGAGUGGUAAUAUACGCGUACGUGCGCGAGUGUUGCAUGUCCUUGGAUGCAUUUGAGUGAAAGAAGAAUGGAUAGCGACGAAGAGGAGGAGAAAUAAAAGUCUAUAUGAAUAAAGAAGAAGUUAGAUGGAUCGGUUGGAGCACACCCGCCAAAAAAUCAGGUAAGGGCGAAAAAAUUUUGUUUGUAUCAUACGUACUCUUCGCUUUUACGAAGAAAAUAUAUAUAUACGUACAUAAACUACGUUCAAGGCGCAUUUAUUCGUUAAGGUAUUGUUUACGGAUGGAUACAUCGUUUCUCGUAUUCUUCCAUGGUGAAAUAUAUAAAAAAAGUGAUUAUUAUGUCUGUGCUUUUUGGCGGGUAUGCCCGGUACAUGAUUCAGAGCGUGUAGGCCCCUGUUUGUCAUACUUCGCACCGAAGAGAUGAAUAAAAACUAAAUAAAUUUUACGGUAGGACCGAAAAUAUGUGCUCGACACUAGUUAUAUAAUAAUAGGAUCAAGUGAGGCAAUGCGUGCUAUAAUUGGCUUCCGAGCACACGAGACUCUUUCGGGAGUAUAUUUAAAAAAGAAAAAUGUAGCUUACCUGAUUAGGCGUCGCCUUAUUAUAUUAAUUACUAUUAUGAACGAAUCAAUUAUAUUAUUGAUCUUAAAUAUUCCAUCAUGGAGAAACACGUGUCGGAAGUCAUGAUUUUGCGCGCGACGCCGUCGUUAACGACGUUAAUGUAAUACAUUAAUACUGUAAUAUUAUUGCAAUCGUUACUACUGCUGCUACUAUCGUUAUUAUGAUUAUUACAAGUAUUAUCGUUAAUUUUACUCGCUAUUGUAAUAAUUUAUAGACCGUACCAAAACUAUCGACUUAUCGACGGUACCCAUCAUUGUAAGUAUUACAAUUUCUCUAAUCCACACAACGGAUAGCAUGAACGAGAUUUAGGUGACAAUUCUUUUUUUCUUAUAUGCAAAGUGAGCAGCGUAAUCUGACCUACCUGCAAUAUUCUCCCUUAUCUUUUACGAAGGUUGUUCAGACACGUGUUUGAUACAUUUUACAAUACUGUAAAAUACAAGUGAAAUAUCUAUGGACGACACUUCGCCACGUUGUAUAUUUUCAUUAGCGUUUCACGAUUAUCGUUAUCAGCAUUAUUGUUAACGUUAAUGGGGUAAUUAACUACAACUAUAUAAAUUCUCA